AUGAGGUCGUUGAACGUCGUGCAAAUGUUUGCCGUAGUCGUCGCGCUAGUAGCUACUAGCUCCGCGGCUAGUGACAGCAGUCCCACGAUUGCCUCGGACAGAUCGUCAUCCGAGCUGAAGUUUCCUUUCUCAGCAGCCGAAAAGACCGACAACAACGAGAAACAUUUCCUGCGCUUUCUCAAAGUUCCCGACAAGCCAGUGGCCGGCCAUGAAGAAGAAGAGCGAGCUAUCAACUUUUCCUUCUUGAAGAAUAUACAGAAGAAGCUAGCUGGGACCGCUGCAUUCAAGGCAGCAAAGGCUGCAGCAGCACAAAAGACCGCGCAAACAGCCAAAGAGGAGGCGGCCAUUGUCACCAUGCUCAAGAUGUCGGAUAGCAGGCAAGAUCUUCUUCAUUUGCAGUUCAGACAAUGGAACACGGCGAAAAAAAACACCGUCCGACGUUGUUGA